UUGCGAAGUUCCAUAGCAAUGGAUUCUAGAGCUUGUUUGGUCGUUUUAAUGGUGGUGAUUGUCUGUGUAAGUGGAGAGGAGAGUAAGAGCGUGUCUUUCAUAUUUGGUGACUCUUUAUCUGACGUUGGAAAUAACAAUUACUUCUCAAAGGCCUUGGCCAAAGCCAAUUAUCCAUGGUAUGGUAUCGAUUUCGGCAAUGGAAUGCCCACUGGAAGGUUCACCAAUGGAAGAACCAUCUCGGAUAUUGUUGCUGACAAAUUAGGGUUACCAGUGCCUGCAGCAUAUAUGGAUCCCACCACAACUGAGGAAGUUGCUAUGAAGCAAGGAGUCAACUAUGCUUCAGGAGGAGGAGGAAUUCUUAACGAAACAGGCUGGCACUUUAUACAGAGGCUCUCCCUGUACAGGCAAAUAGAGAUGUUUAUGGGGACUAAGACUUUACUGGCCCAGAAAUAUGGUGAGGAGCAAACGGAAAAUUUUACCAGGGAUUCUGUGUUUCUGGUCGCCAUAGGAAGCAAUGAUUACAUAAAUAAUUAUUUGCUUCCAAUUACAGCCGAUUCAUGGAAAUAUGGUGCCAAUGAUUUUGCAGACUACUUGAUCGCUACAUUGCGCCGUCAAUUGACGAUUUUACACAGUUUGGGAGCCCGAAAGCUUCUGUUCUUUGGAUUGGGACCUCUGGGAUGCAUUCCCCUGCAAAGGAUACAGACCCAAGAUGGAAGCUGCAAAAGUGAUCUCAACGACAUGGCUGUGUAUUUCAAUAAGGGCGGCAGCAAGCUUAUCGAUGACCUCAAUUCCCAACUCCCUGAAGCCAAAUUCCAAUUCGGUGAUGGUUUCGAUUUCUUCACCAAGCUUAUACAGAACCCUCAACAGUAUGGAUUCAAUAACUCUGAUGCCCCCUGCUGCACAGUAGGAAGAAUUCGGCCUACAUUGACUUGUUUAGCAGCAGCAAAGCUCUGCAAAGACAGAAGCAAAUAUGUUUUCUGGGAUGAAUAUCACCCAAGUGAUGCUGCCAAUGUAGUGAUUGCAGAAAACCUUUUGCCCACAUUGUCUUUUGGACAUACAAUUUCUCCCGCACCAUCGCCUGCUCCAUCCGCAUCCUAAUUUUGAUACAAUAGUCUGAAGUUUAUUUUAUUAAUUAUUGGUUUCUAAUGUUUGUAAGUGUUUGUAAGAAUUGGUAUAUUAUUGGAAGGGGUUUUGUUGUAAAAAGGUGGUUGUUCCAUCUAUCUAGCACCAUCAACGAAGAAAUAUGGAGUUUCUGACAAUAAUAUUUUAAGGGUCUUAUUGUAUUGGAUAA